UCCAGCACGCGUGAGGCGUGACCUCCACCUGCUCCCCUCUCCCCUCCUGUUUAUCUUCCACCGAUGCAGCCAUCAAACCCUAGCCCGCAUCUUUUCCAUCCUCGCGCCGCCGCCCCUUCUUUCCCCUCGACCACGCAAACAAGCGAGACCAAAGUUUCAGAGAAAACGCCAAACACCUCCACCGCAGCGUCACCGUCGCCCGUCGUGUCCGACCACCUUUCGCUGAACCAAGGCCACCACGAGUUUCUCCUCGUCACGCUGAAGCUCCUCUACACGCGUGCGCCUCCAAUCAGCCACGAAAUCGACGCCCAAAUCGUCGUUCUCCGCUUCGCCCGCCACGCACCGGCGAGGUUUCCGACCGCCUCUGACCUGCUCCGUCCUUUCCGUGACCAUCAGUGUGUUCCUGGUUUUCACCGGAGUUCUUCUGGUCCUUGCCGUCGUCAUGGUUGCCGUCGCGCUGGGCUAGGGCCGGGUUCGCGUUUCCCAACAUCUCCUCGUUCGAUUCCGACCAGUAGCGCAGCCCGGAAGCCUCACCCUCGACUUCCUCUUCCUCGACACCGACGGACGCUGUCCCUGCUUCGCCUUCCUGGUCGUCACCGUCCAACUUCCUCGAGCUUUACGACUUCGUCAGCCUCCCCCCGGUAUGAAGAUAUGUUCGAUGAAGACGACGUUAGCAAGGUUACCCUUCCGGCUUGGCCUGGGCAGGGUUAUGGACGCCACUGGUUAUCUUCAGGACUCUUAGUCCAAUUUGUAUCUUGUCCGUACUCGGACGUAUUCGAUCUUCUGUAUGAUUUGGACCUUUGUAUUGUAUAUUUGUAUCUUGACUCGUUGGAGUCCUUGUUGUAAUAUAUAUGUAUCUUGUGGGCUCUAUUGUAAUCCUGUUGUAAUGUUACCGCUCGUGUUAAUUCCUCGGGCAUCACGUGUGUGAUUCGUCGCGCACGUCGUGUCGGAGGGCGUCUCUGAAUCGAUAUCGUGCGGAUUUCGGCGGGAUCGCUGGAAUCCUCAGGAUACCGGUUCCGGGGCGUCACAAGUUGGUAUCAGAGCCUCAGGUUGUCGAUACCCCACUAGUCCAGCCUUUA